UGCGCAUAAAUGGCCGCCAUGUUGCUGCCGUCUGAAAGAUGUUCGCAAUUGUGUGUGUUUACUAAUGAAUUUUAAGAACUUAAAUACUAAAAUUACUGUGUUUGUGAAAUUGUGAGUGUACAAUGCUUUUAUAUUUUAUAUAUUGUUGUGUUUAAAAGUCUGUCAGAUGUCUCUGAAGCCAAUAAACAGUGAAAUUUUCUUUAGAUAGUCAUACAAUUCGGACGGCAUAAUGGCUGACAAUCUGAUUCAAAAGUCACAUAAAACUAGUGAGAAAAACAAGUAUAACAACGUUGUCCAUCGUACUACGAGCGAAUCUCUUCGCCUGAACGAGUCGGAGAAGGGAGUGACUCACCCCACGAGCCUACAAGCCACACAUAACCCAAGGAAAAUAUCUUCGUUUCAGAUCACCAGUGUGACGGUUGGUUCACGAGUGAGCACUGAUGCUGGAGAAGAUUCGGCCGACGAUCUAGAUGAAUCUCACACCGAUGACAUCUCAAGAGUGACCGAUAUCGAGAAUGAGACACCAAGUUACUCCGAGGACACCUUUUCGAAAGACGAUGUGUUUUACAACGCCUCGAGUGCAUCAUUAGGUUGUGCACCCGUCAUCCCGACCAGUUCCCAAUACGGGCUUGCGAUCGUCGGCCAGGAUAAUAGCACCAACCAAUUAGGAGGAGCAGUGCCAAAUAGUAAUAGUUCUGAAGUGAGUGACAUGCACGUCAGUGUUACUAACGCCGGCGCAGGCAGUAUCAUUAAUCUCAUAGGAAAUGCUAAACCCCAAGAAGGUAUGAAAGAAAUACAAGAACAUGUUAGGAAUGAACGAUUUAAAGUUGUUAAAAUCGAAAGCACAGAACCGUUUCGUAGGGGUCGAUGGAUGUGUAUGGAUUACUUGGAUCACACUACUACUCAACAAAAUGCACCAAUUACGUUAAACAACAAUUUAGAUGUGACGGAUACUAAUGCGCUGCAGGCUCCCGACAGUGGUGUUGUGAUUAAUGAUAGCCAACAUGAUGAUAUGUGUAAUGAUCUGACAAAUAAGGGGCCUAAGGAUCUUCAAGGAAAUGCACCCACCAUACAACAACUGGAACAGGCUAUUCAGAAACAGUUCCCAAUGGCUUCACCUGGACAGUCGCUAACUCAGCCUGUGAAUGCAGUGCAACAACAGAUGCCUGGAAACCAACCUGUCUCUGUGCAGUCACCACCUUUAGAGCUGCCUCAACAGAUGUCAAAUCAGACCCACACUCAGCAGGUGGCACAGCAACAUCCACAGAGUAUGACUCAUAUUACAAUGCAGAAUCCACCUCAAAAUCAUCCUCAGGCACCCCAGCAGCAACAAGUUCAACAAAUACCACAAAGUUUUCCACAGCACCAAUUGCAACAAGUUAUUGCACAGUCACAGGGCAUUGCUAUGCAGCAGAUACCAAUGCAUCAACAAAUACCACAACAGAUGCAACAAAUUCAGAAUCAACAAAUGCAACAGAUGAACCAACAUAUUCCUCAAGCACAGAUAACUAAUAUGCAACAAAUCCAGCAACAAAUUCCUCAAAUGCAGCCCAUGCCAAAUCAAGGUCAGAUACCCCAAGUUGCUAAUCAACAACCACAAAUGCAACAGAUGCAAAUCCAACAAAUGCAGGGUCAACCCAACCCUCAACAGAUGCAUAUGCAACAAGCUCAAAUUCCGAAUAUGGGUCAAAGUCACCACUUGCAAGGGCAACAGGCUAUGGGAGCCCAGCAAGCACAACUUCAACAAAUACAGGCUUUACAGAGUCAGCAAAUACCAAAUCAUAUACAACAGAUGCAGAUGCCUGCUCAAUUGACUGGACCUAAUCAACAAAUACCACAGAUGCCUACUCAAAUGCAUCAAAUUCCUACACAACCACAGCAGACAGUGGUGCCAGGUAUGCAUCCUCAAUUACCACAACAGGGCCUGCCAACUGUUCAGACUCAGUACAAUCAGGCUGUCAAUCAACAACCAAAUACACAGCCGAUGAUUACUGCUAGUAUGCCCACAUCUCAGCAGCCUAUAGUGCAGACUCAACAUAAUGUUCCUCAGUAUCAUACACAGCAACCACAGAUGAGCCAGCAGGGCCAAACCUUGCCUCAAGAGGUGCUUACGAGUAUUGUUACAUCACAGCAAGGUGCAACUCUACCUACAAAUCUACAGACUAUGGCGUCCCAGCCACAGGGCUCUACAUUACCUGCGAAUCUCCAGAGCCUUAACCAGCAACAAGCUCCAACUGUUCACUCUAUGGCCCAACAACAGGGUACUGUGCCACAAGGAAACAUACAAAUGAUGACUGCGGCGCCUCAGAAUAUGCAGAUGACUCUAGACGGGAAUCAGCCUAGUUUGCAGAUACCCGCCUCAGAUCAAAUAUACAUGCAGCCCACAAAUGUCGGCCAACAAAUGCCUGUUGGGCAGCAUAUGGCGCAGCAGAAUAUGUUACCACAGCAAGUAAGUGGACAAGGUCAGAUGGGCGGCGUGCAGUAUGUGCCUAAUCAGCCCGUGUCGCAGGUGUCAAUGGCGCAUCAGAACAUUCCUAUGUCGAUGCAGCAAAACAUGCCAGUUGGCAUGGGUGGUGCAGUUCAUGCUAAUGUUGUGCAGUCUCAGACCAGCAUGGGACUAGGUUAUGGCGGAGUGGUGCCAGUCAUGUCUCAGAGUAGUGUGGCACCUGUGGAAGCAACUGUGUCAGGUACUAAUUCACCAGUGGUUUCUUUGCCUGUUAGCUCUACAGCAUAUGUGGCUAACACGGCACAACCUGGACAUGACAAUCAAGGCUUUGGUAGCCCAGUGAGUGCGGUAGUGUCUCACGCUAUAAGUAGCGCAGUGAUGAGCAGUGUUAAUGUGAGUGCAUGUGAAAGUGGUGCUACGGAAGUGCCUGCUGAGAAUCUGCAGGCUGGUGAUACUAGUGAUGGGAAGGAGGAGUCACAGCCUGCUCCACAACCUGAAGAUGAAAGCAUCAGCGGGUUGGCGUUGGCGCUCGGCGGCAGCGGCGCCGGCAGUCCGAGUGGUGGCCCUGACACCAGGGAGCAGACCGCGACGUCGUCUCGCGCAGCAUCACCCCCACCUUCCGAGAGGCAGCAACACAACAGCGCAUCGGGUACAAGCGCGGUGGCGAUCGACAACAAGAUCGAGCAAGCUAUGGAUCUGGUUAAGAGCCACUUGAUGUUCGCGGUGCGCGAAGAAGUGGAAGUAUUAAAGGAGCGCAUCGCCGAACUGAUGGAGAGGAUCAACCAGCUUGAAGUGGAGAACACAUUCCUGCGCGCACAUGCCACCCAGGACACACUGUCGCAACUGCCAGCGGCGGGCACCAAGCCGCCGCCGCAGCCACAGGGCCCACAGCCCCCGGUCUCGUAGAGCCCUGGGCUGGCGCACCUGAUCAUGACCGCCGGCCCCAGCCGGCCUCGAGGUCCAAGGCCUCCCCCCUCGGCGCGCGAUCCUGGCCGCUGCGCGCUGCAUGCGGGACCCACGGAGUCACUUUGGCUGUGCUAUGUUAAUUCGUAGGUUAACAAGGAAUGAGUGUAAGUACAGUGGUCGAGCGCCGAGGGAUGCCGCGACCGCGAUCGCUGCCCUGCCGCGACCGCGUCUCGCCGUACGAUGUAAAUCACACAAGUGUCUAGUUAGCGCAUCGCCAAUCGCGCGGGCCCGUCCACUCAUAUAUAAUUCGUCGGGACGGACCCCGCAGACGAUGAGCCUUCUAUAAUUAUGCUUCUCUGAAUCAUAGACGCAUAUUUUUCUGUUAUUAAUAUUUAGGGUGCAGAAUUUCGUGCUAACUGCCAUGCUUUUGCUAGACAUCUCAGCAACGAGUCUUUAGUGUUUCAAUGUAUGUCAUCUAUAUUUUUAUUCUGUUAUCGUUUAGGUGUAUAUGCUAUCCAUAUUAUUAUUCCAUAUAAGAUAUCUUGUAAGACGUGUGGUGUAUAAUGAAUGUAAUAAAAUAGUUGAAGACAAUAUUUUGUGUAUUGAACAAUGACUGUGUGUUAAUUUAUUUCUAUAUUUUUUUAUAUAUCUAAUUUAAGUUAUUUAUCAAGUUUUAUAGCUGUGUUAUUGUUAAAUUGAAAGCGUUCCUGGUCAGUCGGAGUUUAAUGAUCUGUCGAUUGCAAAGUUCUGAAUGUGUUGUGUGCCGUUUUCGUUUAGUUUAUAUUUUUAAUUACGCGUUACACUUUAUUAUGAUAAAUGUUGAAAUGUAUUCAAUCUGCAGUUAAUGUUUAACGUUUACUGAGGAAUUAAUUAAUAGAUUAUGAUCGUUGUGAGAUUUAGAACUCGUGCGAUUGCUGGCUUUAGUGGGUUUUGCACGCUGAAAUGAAAAAAAAAAUACAUUUCUAUUCCAGCCCUAAGUAUAUCAGCUGUAUCACUAAUAGACGUUAUAGCAAUUUAACAUUGUAUUUUUUAAUAAUUAAAUUGUUUGUAUAUAGUACAAGUUGUAAUAGAUUCGUAAAUAGGGAAUGAUGUACAUAAAUAAUGAAAGAAUGUGAUGGAGGGAUCCUAUCCCUUGGUCUGUAUAGACAAGAAGGCAGAAAAGGCAAGAGAUAUAUCUAAAAUAUAUAAAUUAAAUAUUUGCUGUAUUUAAUACUAGCUUCACUGUAAUAUUUAGAGAACCGAACAAAGAAUCGCUGGUGACAAUGUGUGGAAUGGAAAGUGUAAGGCUGAGUGGUUUAGGAGCAGUUGAAUGCCAAAGUAAGGAUGGACCGUCCCAGCAGUUCUAGUGUGACUAUUUUACCUAUAGAAUAAUAUUUUGUACAACGCUAUGUGUAUAGAUGAAGUUAGGUCAUCGUGAUUAUUGUGAAUAUACAGUAAUUAGCUCCUACAAGCAUUACCCUAAUAUAGAUAUGAAUUAUAUGAUACUGAAUGUGUAAAUAUAUACAGAGAAUGUCCAUUGUAGCUUAUGUUGAACAGAAAGGUUCCUCAUAUCCAAUAAAUACAAAACUUUAAAUA